AUGAACACAAUCAGAUCCGUAGGCUACGGCUGGGGCGUUCUCAUCGUCGCCGGCGGCGGUAGCUAUUACUUCGCCAAACGCAGCAUCAACGCCGACCGCGAAGAGCGAGCAGCAGCAGAGGAAAAGCGAAGACAGCAGAGAGAUCGGAUGCGAGUGCAAGAAAUGAUGCGGCAACGGGAUGCGGCUGCUGGUACUGGGGCUGGGUCGAGUAGUAUCAGAAGAAAGGAACCAACGGUUGAAGGUGAUAAUCCGGACCCAAGUCAGCAGGCCGACGCUGAUCCGGCGCCUGUUACGCAUGAGCAGAUUGAGAUGGCGAAGAGGGGAAAGUAUGAGGCUUUGGAGCCUUAUAGGUCGAGGAAGGGGGAUAGGUUCAGCUGA